GGCUGACUGAGGACAGGGCUCUGCAGGGCCCAGGGCGAGCUGGGGCCACAGGGGGCACGGGGUGCUCCUUGCGUCUCCUUGGGGCAGCUGAGAAGACCCUCUACCCACUCUUGGAGCUGCUGAGGGCUGGCUCUGAGGAGCCAUGAGCACGGAGGGCCCCAGUCCCCUCACAACUGGCACUCCGGGGAACCCUGUGGACGCAGCGGCCCCCCUGCCCGUGCUCAUUGCCUUGGCCUGCAUCUUCCUCCUGCUGGCCUCCUGUCUGCUGUUCAUGACCCUCUGCAAGCCGGCUGCACUGGACCCCAGCCGCCAGGCUCGAGAGCGCAUGCCCCACCCCCCCGGGAGCCCCAGCGAGCCCCAGCUCCGGCUCUGGACGCGCCUGGGCUCCCUGCGCCGCUCCCUGCACAGCUUCCGGCGUGGCCGGCCCGCACCGCCACGCUCCCUGCCGGACCACGAUCACAGCCAUGGCUGGGACUGCACGGAAUCUACCAAGAUAUGACAGGUUGCCCGCCGCCACACAGGAUCUAGCCUCGGACCCCCUCCCUCAGACACAGCCUGGCACCACAGGCUGCAGGAAGACAGCGGCCCCGACACCCUGUGUGCCUAGGCCCAAGGCCUUUCCCAGGAAGCCCUGGGAGAACACCUUCCUCCCUGCAGACCCUCCCGCCGCUGCCUGCUGAGACUGCUGGCUCGUGUGGGAAGCGGCAGCCUGGACCUUGGGCUGAGGCUCUGGAGACAACAACUGGACCCCAGGGUUCCUCUCUGGCAACCAGGCACCAAGCGCCUCCAGGGAGCAGGGCCCGAUUCCCAGCAGAAGGCAUGCCCUCCCUCCACUGCCAAAUCCAGCUCAGAUUUCAGUGCAAAUUGUGGAAUGGCUGACGGUUCCCUCCAGCCAAGUCUAAACUGUUGACAAGGUCCGGUUCUGCCCUGGGGCCCACUCAGGGCCCAAGGCAGAGGGGAACCCAGAGACUUCUCUCGCCUUUCCUGGGCCCUGCCAGCAUUGCCCAGCAAUCCCUAGCAAUCCCUGGGAGCAGCUGCACCCUGUGGUAGACCAGAUGCCUGGGUGCCUGCAGGGGGAGGGCAAGUGGGGCUCCCAAUACUGACCAGCCAAUUGCGACCCUGGCUGCUCCCCUUCAACGCACCCAUGUAGUGGGAUGGACCAGGAAGGGGCCGAGAAUGGGUUAACCCAGCGGUUCUCAACUU